CGUCAUUCCGUCAUAGAACUGCGAGUUUGGGCUUCUUUGACACCUCGUGGUAUAUACGUUCGUUCUUCGUAAUUGCAUCACAAGCAGCACUGUUGUGAGAGUUUCCUCUCAUUCUGUCAUUUCCUGAGCAUGUGCCAAGCCCCCAACCACAUCAAAGUGCCUCAAGGCCCCCAGCUGACCAUGCAGUACCAGCACCGCCGCCAGCGUCGACUUGCCCAAAUCGUGCGCAUGUUGCGAACGUCGUCGCAGCCCACGCCCACAACUCCGUGUCCGCUGAACAAGUUGGCGUUCGCGGCACUUUCGAUCAAGUUGGAGCGCCUCAUCUACCGCGUGUUGCCGGCCAACACUGGAAUUCUGUCGGACGAACUGCUCGAGCUUCGCAUGCGCCGAGUGAUUCACCACAUCUUGGACGCCAAGAACGUCCCCGUGCCACUCGGCAUGCCGCCUUCGGAACCCACUGGUGUCGUAGUGAUGCUCUAAAACGAACCAUGCUCAUAACUUAUUGCGUGUAUCUAUCUCACUCUAGUUUAAUGUCAUAAUGUGUAAAUGGACUUGCCGUGGACUUGACAUGUCAUCCAGCAACACCAAAAUUACUGCUGAAGGCUGUUGACAGUGGGGGUUGUCUAGCCAUGGUCAUACUCA